GGCACCGGCCGCUGUACGGACCACUCCCCUUGUGGGCACAAGGAAUCUGAGAUGAGGGUGAACUAGAUUCUGAUGAUCAUCUUGCUGUCACCUGUAUUGACAGGGUAAAAAACUUGAACAUGCCUCGUAGCCCAACAUCAAGUGAAGAUGAAAUGGCACAAAGCUUUUCUGACUAUUCUGUGGAAUCCGAAUCAGACAGUUCCAAAGAAGAAACUAUUUAUGACACAAUUAGAGCAACUGCAGAAAAGCCAAGCAGCAGAAUGGAAGACAGUCAGAGCAACACAUUAGUGAUUCGAAUUAUAAUACCUGACCUGCAGCAAACGAAAUGCAUUAGAUUUAACCCAGAAGCUUCAGUGUGGGUUGCAAAGCAACGGAUUUUGUGCACUUUGAAUCAGAGUUUGAAAGAUGUCCUGAAUUAUGGACUGUUCCAGCCUGCAAGCAAUGGUAGAGAUGGGAAGUUUUUGGAUGAGGAACGACUCCUGAGGGAAUACCCACAGCCAGUGAACAAGGGAGUUCCUUCACUUGAGUUUCGAUACAAGAAAAGAGUGUACAAGCAGUUCAACUUGGAUGAAAAGCAGCUGGCCAAGCUCCAUACCAAGGCUAAUUUGAGAAAAUUCAUGGAUCAUGUCCACCAUCUCUCUGUGGAAAAAAUGACCAAGAUGUUGGACCGAGGACUGGACCCCAACUAUCAUGAUCUGGAAAGUGGAGAAACACCCCUAACUUUGGCAGCUCAGCUUGACAAUACAGUAGAAGUGAUAAAAGCUCUGAAAAAUGGAGGAGCACAUUUAGACUUCAGAGCCAAAGAUGGAAUGACAGCUCUGCACAAAGCAGCCAGGGCCAAGAACCAAGUAGCCCUCAAGACCCUUUUAGAGCUGGGAGCAUCUCCCAACUACAAGGACAGCUGUGGCCUGACCCCGCUGUACCACACGGCUGUCGUGGGAGGGGAUCCCUACUGCUGUGAGCUCUUACUCCAUGAACAUGCCACAGUCAGCUGCAAAGAUGAAAAUGGAUGGCAAGAAAUCCAUCAGGCUUGCAGGUAUGGACACGUCCAACACCUGGAGCACCUCCUCUUCUAUGGCGCAGACAUGUGCGCCCAGAACGCCUCAGGAAACACGGCCCUGCACAUCUGUGCUCUCUACAACCAGGAGAGCUGUGCAAGAGUCCUGCUGUUCCGGGGAGCCAACAAGGAGAUUAAGAAUUACAACAGCCAGUCUCCAUUUCAGGUGGCUAUAAUAGCUGGAAAUUUUGAGCUUGCUGAAUAUAUCAAGAAUCACAGGGAAGCUGAUAUUGUGCCCUUUAGGGAGGCUCCCACUUAUUCCAACAGAAGGCGGAGACCUCCGAACACCUUGGCGGCCCCUCGGAUCUUGCUCCGCUCCAACAGCGACAACAACCUGAACAUCAACAACCUCCCUGAGUGGUCAGCAUCCUCCUCUGCCUCUUCACACCGCAGCCUUUCACCUCAUCUGCUUCAACAGAUGCAGAAUAAUCCCAAUGGAACUGUAAAAACCGUGGGGAGUUACACUCCGUCCUCCCGGAGCCGGUCACCAUCCCUGAACAGGCUGGGAGACGAUGCCAAGCGGCAGCAGCACAGGCACAUCAGUGCCGUUUACAGUCCUAGUGCCAACAAGGAUACGCUGUCUGCCUUGGAUUAUCAGGGUCCCAAACGGAAGCUUUACAGUGCUGUACCCGGAAGACUUUUUAUUGUAGUAAAGCCAUAUCAACCUCAAGGGGAAGGGGAAAUUCACCUGCACAAAGGAGACAGAGUCAAAGUUCUAAGCAUUGGAGAAGGUGGAUUCUGGGAAGGCAGCACCCGGGGACAUAUUGGCUGGUUUCCUGCAGAAUGUGUUGAAGAAGUUCAGUGCAAACCCAAUGAAAGCAAAGCAGAAACACGAACAGAUAGAACAAAGAAGCUGUUUAGACACUACACAGUUGGAUCCUAUGACAGCUUUGAUGCUUCAAGUGACUGCAUAAUAGAAGAAAAGGCAGUGGUCCUGCAGAAAAAAGACAAUGAAGGAUUUGGAUUUGUGCUCAGAGGGGCAAAAGCUGACACACCAAUUGAAGAAUUCACCCCAACUCCAGCCUUUCCUGCUUUGCAGUACUUGGAAUCUGUGGAUGAAGGGGGAGUAGCAUGGCAAGCUGGCCUGAGAACUGGAGACUUUUUGAUCGAGGUUAAUAAUGAGAAUGUAGUGAAAGUUGGCCACAGGCAGGUGGUGAACAUGAUUCGGCAAGGGGGCAAUCACCUCGUUCUUAAGGUUGUCACAGUAACCAGGAAUCUUGAUCCAGAUGACACAGCUAGAAAGAAAGCCCCACCACCUCCUAAGCGAGCUCCAACCACUGCACUGACCCUGCGGUCUAAGUCAAUGACCUCAGAGCUUGAAGAGCUUGUGGAUAAAGCUUCAGUACGGAAGAAGAAGGAUAUUCUCCCUUCACAUUUUGAAGGUUUGAAGAAGAGGAUUGUUUUUCGAGUCACACUAAAUAAGGUGGAUGAAAUAGUACCAGUUUCCAAGCCAUCAAGAAUUGCAGACAAUGCAACUGUGGACUCGAGAGUGGCAACGAUAAAACAGAGGCCUUCUAGUAGAUGUUUUCCCUCAGCUACAGAUAUGAAUUCCAUGUAUGAGAGACAGGGUAUUGCCGUGAUGACGCCCACUGUACCAGGGAGUCCUCAAGGUCCGUUUCUGGGUAUACCUCGGGGUACAAUGAGGAGACAAAAAUCUAUAGGAAUAACAGAGGAAGAACGGCAGUUUCUGGCUCCUCCUAUGCUGAAGUUUACCAGAAGUCUCUCAAUGCCUGACACCUCUGAAGAUAUCCCACCACCACCACAGUCCUUACCUCCCUCACCACCACCACCUUCUCCCUCUCUGUACAACUCCCCCAAAUCCCUGACAACAAGGAGCUAUGGAACUAUUAAACCUCCAUUUAACCAGAAUUCAGGUGCAAAAAUUUCCUUGGUUAGGCCUGAGAGCGUGGGAACGAUGAUAAGGGACAAAGGGAUCUAUUACAGACGAGAACUGGACCGAUACUCUCUGGACUCAGAAGACCUGUACAGUCGAAGUGCCGCAUCUCAGGCAAAUUUCAGGAACAAGAGGGGUCAGAUGCCAGAAAAUCCAUAUUCUGAGGUUGGGAAGAUUGCAAGCAAAGCAGUUUACGUGCCGGCCAAACCAGCGAGGCGGAAGGGGAUGCUGGUGAAACAAUCCAACGUUGAGGACAGUCCAGAAAAGACCUGCUCUAUUCCAAUCCCUACAAUCAUUGUGAAAGAGCCAUCCACCAGCAGCAGUGGGAAAAGCAGCCAAGGGAGCAGCAUGGAGAUUGAUCCUCAGUCUUCAGAGCAACCGGGGCAGCUCCGGCCCGAUGACAGCUUGGGCGUCAGCAGUCCGUUCGCAGCAGCCAUUGCAGGGGCAGUGAGGGACAGGGAAAAGAGGCUGGAAGCUAGGAGGAAUUCUCCAGCCUUCCUUUCCACGGACCUGGGAGAUGAGGAUGUUGGGCUAACCCCACCAACACCACGCAUGAGGCAGUCUAAGUUCACCGAUGAAGCAAUGUUCAGUAGCGAGGAUGGUUUCAGACAGCUCAUGUCGCCAUCGCCUAUUCCUGCACCCAGAGAGCCUGAAAGUCUCUUUAAUAGCAGUGAGCCCAGCAAUCAGAGUGACUCAAGGACAUUAAAUGCCUCGUCCAAAAUGAAAGGUACUGACAAUAGUGCAGUGGCAGCCAAGUCCACGAACGCAUCCAGCCCGGAGAGUUACGUGCACCCGGUCACAGGGAAGCUGUUGGAUCCAAACUCACCACUAGCCCUCGCGCUCUCUGCCAGGGACAGAGCCAUGAAAGAACAAACACAGCAGAUUCCAGGCAAAGGAGAUGCUGUCAAAACAGACCUUAAUAAACCGCUUUACAUCGAUACAAAGCUGAGACCCAACAUGGAAACAACUUUUCCUGUUACUGCCACUGUCACGAGGCAAAACACCCGUGGCUUGUUGAGACGGCAGGAGACUGAGAACAAGUAUGAAACAGAUGCAGGAAAAGAAAAGAAAGCUGAGGAGAAGAAGAACAUGUUGAUAAACAUUGUGGAUACCUCACAGCAGAAGUCAGCUGGCUUGUUGAUGGUUCAUACCGUGGACACAGCGAAGUCAGACGAUAUGCCUGAAGAUGAGGAGGAAAAGGAAGCUGAGAUGGAGCCAAGUCCUGAAAACUCCCCGCCAGAGAGGGUAGAGGGGAGCGAGGAAGCGGAAGAAAGUGAGCUGAGCGCACCUGCUGCACCUGAGCCACCGGCAUCUCCCUGCAAAACCAUCGUGGCAGCAAGCUCUGUCGAUGACCCCGUCAUCCUGCCCUUCCGCAUCCCCCCACCACCCUUGGCAUCGGUGGAUAUUGAUGAAGAGUUUAUGUUCACUGAGCCAUUGCCCCCUCCCUUGGAGUUUGCCAACAGCUUUGAUAUCCCCGACGACCGUGCGGCUCCUGGGUCAGCUCUGACAGACCUGAUCACGCAGAGGAAGAAUGGCACACCCUUGCCCGCACCAUUCCCCCCCAGCCAGCCAACAAAUUCCCUAGACAGCAAAAAGCAAAUGGGUCUUUCAAACUGUUUGCCUGCCUCCUUUCUGCCACCCCCUGACAGCUUUGAUAACGUCACUGACUCUGGGAUUGAGGAGGUAGACAGCCGAAGUAGUAGUGACCAUCACUUAGAGACAACCAGCACUAUCUCAACGGUGUCCAGCAUCUCUACCUUAUCCUCAGAAGGGGGGGAGAACGUGGAUACUUGUACAGUCUAUGCAGAUGGGCAAACAUUUCUGGUGGACAAACCCCCAGUACCUCCUAAGCCAAAAAUGAAGCCCAUAAUCAACAAAAGCAAUGCACUUUACAAGGACGCGCUGAUCGAGGAGACUGUGGACAGCUUUGUGAUCCCUCCUCCCGCUCCGCCCCCGCCUCCCAUCAGUGCCCAGCCCAACAUGGCUAAAGUUGUCCCCCAAAGGACAUCCAAGCUAUGGGGGGAUGUGCCGGAGGUGAAAAGCCCGAUUCUCUCAGGCCCCAAGGCUAAUGUUAUUAGUGAAUUGAACUCAAUACUCCAGCAAAUGAACAGAGAGAAAUCCUCAAAACCAGGGGAGGGAUUGGAGUCACCGACCGGAACAAAGACUGCAAGUCUCAGUACAAGGAGCACGGAAGUCAUGAGUACUGUCUCAGGUACACGAAGUACAACAAUCACUUUCACUGUCCGACCCGGAGCCAGCCAGCCGAUCACACUGCAGAGCAGGUCCCCAGACUAUGACAGUAGGACCUCAGGAGCAAGACAUGCUCCAAGCCCUGUGGUUUCACCAACAGAGAUUAAUAAAGACGUCAUACCUGCCUCUCUGACUGCUUCUGCUUCAGCUUCAUCUCCUUCUCCAACUCUGUCUGAUGUAUUUAGCCUACCCAGCCAGCCCCCUUCUGGGGACUUAUUUGGCUUGACCACAGGGCGCAGCAGGUCUCCUUCUCCCUCAAUAUUACAACAGCCAAUCUCAAAUAAGCCUUUUACAACUAAGCCUGUCCACCUGUGGACUAAACCAGAUGUGGCAGAUUGGUUGGAAAGUCUAAACUUAGGUGAACAUAAAGAAACAUUUAUGGACAAUGAAAUAGAUGGCACACAUUUACCAAAUCUACAGAAGGAAGAUCUGAUAGACCUUGGAGUGACUAGAGUUGGGCACAGAAUGAACAUAGAAAGAGCUUUGAAGCAGCUGCUGGACAGAUAAGAAUAGCUAUUUUGCCUCAAACUUCUGUUGAUAACUAGAGAUGGGCUGGUACUGACAUACCCCAAAUGCCUUGUGUGUCUGCGAGUGCCAGCAAAAUUGGGGGAUGGGGAGGGGAAAAACAGUUGAAUUCCUGGUACUCAGGUGAUGCAGACUGUAUGCUACAUGCCCAAACACAAAUCUAAAGAUGUU